AGAAAAAAAAAAGGAAAAGAAAGACAAAAAAAAGAGAAAAAGAAUAAGUACCUUGCUCGGAAGAGCGGAACUCGAAUGUUUUCAGGCGGCUAUUACUCAUGGGGAUCCAUGGGGCUGCAGCUGAGAAUCCUACCUACUCGAGUCUUGAAGUCCAGCUAUCGGAUUCUCCCAGUGUCUCCAUCAGCUUGGCGAUCACAGGCAUGUCUUUCGUCACUUGUCACAAAUGAAGAAUCUUAGUCUCAUGAGACUUGAAGAGGACCUGACGAUCCUAGGACAAAUCACUCCGUGAUGUGAAUCGAUCCUGGCUGAACCUUGGAGACUGGUGUAAAGCCGAAUGGCGGACUCUUCAAUAUUGAACUUCAAGCUCACAAUUCGAGAUAGAGAAGCCACAACCACAGGACUUGAUGACAAGUAUAAUACUUCAUCAACUGUUCUCCCCUUCAUCAACCGAUCCUGUAUUCACAACUCACCACAACGACAUCACACACCAUUCACUCGCAACCAUGGAUUCCACAAUACUCCAAUCCCAAAUCGACUCUCUCAUCUCCUUCAUCGCCUCCCAUUGCUCUUCCGGCAAAGGCCUAGGCACCACCUCCUCAGCCAUCUACGACACCGCCUGGCUAUCCAUGAUCCAGAAACCCGCAAACUCUAGCCACUUCCUCUUUCCCCAAUGCUUCACCUACCUCCUCCGGCACCAACUUCCCUCUGGCGGCUGGACCUCGUACGCCACGCCGGUGGACGGCAUCCUCAACACCGCCGCCGCCCUCCUCGCUCUCAAGCGCCACUCCAUGUGCCUCAUUUCUUCUCCUCCAUGUCCCCAACCCACACAACAACACCAACAAGAACUCGACAACUGGCCCCUGCACCACCGCAUCUCCCAAGCCGAAUCAGCCCUCCAAUCCAUGCUUCUGCACUGGGACGUCGCCACCACCGACCAAGUCGGCUUCGAGCUCCUCGUCACUCGUCUUCUGUCCUUACUCCAAGACGCCGGCGUGCAAGGCCUGUCUGACUUCCCUGGCUCUGCUCCCCUCCAAGCCCUACACGAUGCCAAACUCGCCAAAUUACCAGCUAAUUACGUCUACCAAGCCCGCUCGACGCUGCAUCAUUCGCUUGAGGCGCUGGUGGGAUACAUUGAUUUUUCCAAGGUCGGCCAUCUGAAGGAGGAAAAUGGGAGUAUGCUGGCUAGUCCGGCGUCGACGGCGGCGUAUUUGAUGGGGUUGGCGGAAAAGGGCAUGUGGGAUGAGGAAUCGGAAGCAUAUUUGAGGGGGGUGCUGGAUAGAGAGAGGUUUGAAGGGGAAGGAGACGGGGAGAAAGAAGAUGGAGGGGUGCCCUGUGCGUGGCCGACUGAGACUUUUGAGGUUACGUGGGUUGUUACGACGCUGGCGGAGGCGGGGGUGAGGUUUGGGAAUAAGGAGGGGGAGGUGAUUAGGGGGUAUCUGGAGGAGGGGUGGAGGAGGCAAGGGGGGUUGUUUAGUUUUUUCCCCGGCGGCCUUGUCGAUGCGGAUGAUACGGCAAGAGCCAUCAUGGCCUUGAAUCAUCUUGGUACCAAGGUGGGCGUCGAGUCGCUGAUCAGAACGUUUGAAGCAAAGGAUCACUUCAGGACGUACGAAGGGGAGAGGAAUCCGAGUAUCAGCGCCAACUGCAAUGUUUUGUCGUGUUUGCUGAUGAUGGAUGAUCCGACAAUUUAUGCUCAGCAGAUUGUCAAGACGGCAAAGUUCCUUUGUGAACAGGUGUACACGGAUAGUGUGAGGGAGAAAUGGCACAUCAACGAACUCUACUGGAUGAUGCUCCUCUCCCAGUCCUUGGCCACCCUCUUCGACACCAUGGCCGCCAACCCCUCCCUCGAGACUUCCAUCUUCCAGCUUGCUCCUGAACUUCAGGAGCAAAUCCCAAUGACUUCCCUCCAUGUUCUCACCAAAGUCCUCGGCUCACAGGGCCUCGAUGGCUCCUGGGCAAAUGGCAUUGCUGAAGUCACGGCAUAUGGCAUCCUCACGCUCUCGUGGCUCUCCCAUCUCCCCUGGAUCCAACAACUCGGUCGCAUGCAUGGCGUCAACUUCAUCACCGCUGGCAUCGAAAGCGGCAAGGCCUUCCUCGAAGCCCACAAGCACGAUUGGAAGAAGGGGCAAUACCUCUGGAUUGAAAAGGUCACCUAUGCCUCGCCGGUAUUGUGUGAGGCGUAUUGUCUUGCUGCGGCAGUGAUUCCUGUGCCUGAUUUCACUGGUUUGACUGGUGAUGCAAAUGGCCAGGUUGUGUACAGAACCAAGGAGUCGCUCUUCGUUUCCGAGGGGUUGCUCAAGGGCGUGUUGAAGGCAGGACAGCUCAUGUCUCUUACGCCCUUGUUCAGAGACCUGGCACCACAGCUGCUGAGAGUGGCAGAGAUGCAGGCUUGUUAUGCUCUUGGCUUCUUGCAGCGGAAACGUAAGGAGCUCGGCAUCUUCCCAAGUACUGGAGGGGACGAGAAGUACAUGGCUUUCAUCCCUCUUACCUGGACCGCCAACAACGCUCUCCGCGUCCAAGCCACCGCCGGCUAUGGCCACGGCCACAGUGGUGGCUUGAGCAACUACGUCCUGCAAGAGAUGAUGGUCCUGUCCAUGCUCAACUACCAAGUGGAUGAGUACAUGGAAACCGCCGUGGAGCGGGACUUUUUGGGAUUUUACAGCGGAAGCUGGGGAAGUUUAGAGGCGGUUCGGGAAGCGAUCGGGCAGGUGUUUGAAGAGUUCGCUCCUCCGGGUAGGAAAAGGAGUAUCUGGGGAGACGCCGAUCAUACACCCACCAACCUGAAAGAGAUUCGGUCCACGCUCUCCCGCUACGUCAGACACAUCUUGCUGCAUCCAGCUGUCAGAAGUGCACCGGCGAGUGUACAGGCUAGGUUGAGGAACGAAAUGCAUACGUUCUUGUUGGCACAUGUUCAGCAUGCUGCUGAUAACAUCCACUUUGCGGCUGCAUCGAACCAAACCUGUCAAGUCGACAACUCCUGGGAGCGCGAAACCGGCCUCCCAUCUCCUCCCAUUACCGAACCCCACGAUCCUUCGUCCCCGCCACCAUCCAAACGCCGCCGUCUUGCAUCUUCCUCUUCUUCUUAUUCUUCGUCUUCACACAAAGCACAAGAGCAGAAACCCAAGAUCUUCUCCCCCACAGACUCAAGGACUUUCUACUCGUGGGUUCGCACCACCUCUGCCGACCACACCUCCUGCCCCUUCUCUUUUACUUUUUACACGUGUCUCCUUUCCCACUGUCACCCUUACAACAGCAACAAGACCGAGAACUUGUUCAACAAGGACGCCAGGACAAGUUAUGUCACCGAAGCGAUGGUGAGGAGUCUGGCAAGUUUGUGCAGGAUGUAUAACGAUUAUGGGUCAAUCGCUAGGGAUGCGAGCGAAGGAAAUCUGAAUUCGGUGAACUUUGCAGAGUUUCAUUUGGCGGCUGGUGCUGCUGGAAAGGGCUGCAGCGAAGAAGGGAAUCAAAAUAGUGGGGAGGAAGAAGAAGCAGAAAGAGAAGAGAAGAAAAAGGCGAAAGAGGAGCUGAUGUGGGUUGCCGAGUAUGAAAGACGCGGAUUAGAAAGGACGCUGGGAGAGCUGGGAGGGUUGGUGGGGGACGGGAAGAUGGAGAGAGUCAAGUUGUUUGUGGAUGUGACGGAUUUGUAUGGGCAGAUUUACGUGGUGCGGGAUAUUGGGGUUGGGGUGAAGAGGGGUUGAUGUCUGUCCCGGUUUGUGUGCAUUUGUGAUUGGGAGAAAAAAAAAUUAAUCUUGGGUG